AUGAGGAUGCUCCUUCAAGGCAGCGAUACUCCUAUUACAUGGGAUUUAUUCAAGAAAAAGUUCUACACAGAGUACUUUCUAGAUAGUGUGAGAUUUGCAAAGGAGAUUGAAUUUCUUCAGUUGGUGCAAGGAAACAUGAAAUUUCAAAAUGCGUUGAGAGGUGAUGUUAAGCUUUUGGUCAUGGCUUUGUGUAUCAAGGAGUUUCCAGCCUCGGUGGAGAGGGCUAGAGUACUUGAGAAGACCAAAGAAGAGAUGAAGAAGCAGAGCUUUAGGAGAUGCAGUCUUUGUGGAAAAGAUGGACAUUUUGAGAGGGAUUGUUCAAUAGAUGUGAGAUCAGGACUUAGACCGGUGCAGUCACAACAGAGGGGAGGUGACAGACCUCAGACUAUAGGUAGAGUUUACGCCAUGUCUGGGGCAAAGGAAGCUGGGUCAUGUAGUCUUAUUAUCAGCAGUUGUGUGUUCCUUGGUAGAGUUUGUUGUGUAUUGUUUGAUUCUGGAGCGACACACUCCUUUGUGUCAGAAGCUUGUAUGCAAGAGUUGGGGUUACUAGUUAAAGAGCUGCAGUAUGACCUUGUGGUGUUUACUUCAGCAUAUGGGUUGGUUAAGACAUUUUCUAUGUGGAUGGAUUGGUUGUCUGUCAAUCACAUUCUUAUAGACUAUGGAAAGAAGAAGUUAUUGUUUUCUGAGGUUGCGGAGUCAGAGUUGUUGUCUACAGGGCAGAGGAAGUGCCUGGAUUACCUCCUCAGAGAGGUUGAAUUCUCUAUUGAUCUGGUGCCUGGUGCAUGA